GCACGCGCAGCGAUCGGAAACUGCAGCGCCGCGUCGAGACUUGACAUUUCGUUCCACUCAUUUUUGACGGAUUCUUUUCCGGUUUGAUUCUCAAACGUGUUGAAACACAAUGAGGACGAUCAACUCUAACCAAACGGUCACCAUCCCCAAGGGCGUAUCUGCAAAGGUCCAUGCCCGUGUCGUUACUGUAUACGGACCGCGCGGAAAGCUGAGCAAAAGCUUCCGGCAUCUGGCUAUGGAUGUCUACAAGGUGUCGAGAAAGAAGCUAAUGGUCGAAAAAUGGUUUGGAUCCAAGAAGGAAAUCGCCGCGGUUCGCACAGUCUGCUCGCAUAUUGAAAAUAUGAUCAAGGGAGUAACCAAGGGUUUCCAGUACAAGAUGCGCGCUGUGCACGCUCAUUUCCCCAUUAACUGUGUCAUUAGUGAAAACAACUCUUUGGUGGAAAUUCGUAACUUCUUGGGCGAAAAGCACAUCCGUCGGGUGAAAAUGCAGCCCGGAGUGACUGUUGUAAAUUCAGCAAAACAGAAGGAUGAACUGAUUCUGGAGGGUAACGAUAUCGAGGCCGUUUCCCUUUCUGCCGCGCUUAUCCAGCAGUCAACCACCGUGCGAAACAAGGAUAUCCGUAAGUUCUUGGACGGUCUUUAUGUGUCGGAAAAGACUACCGUGGUGCAGGAGGAAGAAUAGGAAUCGAUUGUUUUCUUGUAACAUGAAUGAGGAAUGAAAGAAAGUAAAUUUUGAAAAAUGAAUAA